AUGAUUGAAAAGACACGCAUGAAGAGAGAGGCUAUGGCACUGCUGGCCUUUUCUGAUGUGGAUGACACUUUAAUCGACCAUGAUUACGUGUUUGUGUUACAGUCGACGUUGACACAGAAAAUAAUAAUAAGUCUGUACAAGAUGUUGGAACUGCAAAACAGAUAUCUGUACAAGAUGUUGGAACUGCAAAACGAUAUCUGUACAAGAUGUUGGAACUGCAAAACAGAUAUCUGUACAAGAUGUUGGAACUGCAAAACAGAUAUCUGUACAAGAUGUUGGAACUGCAAAACAGAUAUCAGACUUGGUGAAACAACAUUUGUGUUUGACAGGUCUGGCAUAGAAGAAGUCUAUAAUGAAAGAGAACAUAUGCUCCAAGAAGCCAGCGAGUUAAUGAAAGAGACCUGCUCAACUACACCAGCAAAAAAGAAAAAAGUGGAAAACAAAGCGAAAGAUAUGAUUGAAAAGACACGCAAUGAAAGAGAGGCUAUGGCACUGCUGGCCUUUUCUGAUGUGUUUGUGUUACAGUCGACGUUGACACAGAAAAUAAUAAUAAGUCUGUACAAGAUGUUGGAACUGCAAAACAGAUAUCUGUACCAGAUGUUGGAACUGCAAAACAGAUAUCUGUACAAGAUCCCCCCGUACCAAAAGGAUGACAAAAGUAAAACAUUGAGAAAAAAUGGCCUUGAUUACCUACGAGAAAAAGCGGAAAUAUCACGAGAAAUAAGAUCUGCAGAACUCAAGUUAGAAGAACAAAAAAUGGAUAAUGAAAAAGAAAAAAUUGCAAAUGACAAAGCAAGACUUGCCUUGGAGUCUAAAAGGCUUGAGGCAGAAAUUCAAGAAAAAAAACAUAGGAUAGAGUUAGAACAAAAGAAAUCUGAGCAAGAUGUCGCUGAAAGAAAAAACUUGAGUGACCUCAUCAAAACACAACAAAAGCUUAUUGAAGCAUUACUGACAAAACUUGAUAAUAGAUAA